AUGAGCGUCCUCUUUGGCAAGCGUCGUCGGCCACUCUCGAGCGAUGCUGCAACUGUCGCAGUGUCGUCUACCUCCGGAUCAAGUGCUCGAUCCAAUGCCAAGAAGCCAACGACGUCCACACCCAACAACAAGGUGCUGGUAGAAUGCGGCGACUCGUUGUCCACCGUGCUCCUGUCGUUCGUGGACCUUGGCGUGGACCAAUGGCUGGUCCAGCGCUGCGAGCUGCUGGGUAUCCGGCACCCCACACCAGUGCAGGCGCAGUGUAUCCCUCCUAUUCUAUCUGGACGUGAUGUGAUUGGCUGUGCACAGACUGGUAGCGGUAAGACCGCGGCUUUCGCGCUGCCGAUCCUGCACACGCUGAGCAAAGAGCCUUACGGUCCUUUCGCUCUCGUGUUGACACCUACGCGGGAGCUGGCUUUCCAGAUUGCUGACCAGUUUAAUGCCUUUGGCAGCUCCAUAACGGUACGCUGUACUGUGAUUGUUGGGGGCGUGGACAUGCUCAAGCAGUCGCUGGCGCUCCAGCAGCGACCGCAUAUUAUUGUAGCGACGCCUGGUCGCUUUCGAGACCAUUUGCUACGUGUGGAUCCACCCAACAUCUCGCUGGUCAAGUUUGUCGUACUGGACGAGGCUGACAGACUCCUGGAUGUGUCGUUCGCCAAGGAUCUGAGUUUUAUUUUCGACAAGCUGCCAGCCAAGCGGCAGACGCUACUGUUCUCUGCAACUAUGACAGCUAAUUUAGACAGAUUGGAGCAGACGGCGCUCUCAGAUGAUGUCUUUCGCUUUGAUGCGACCCCUAGUGUCAAGACUGUGGCAACGCUGAAACAGUUUUACUUGUUCAUUCCCGAGCAGGUCAAGAUGACGUACCUUGUGUAUCUGAUGAAGAUGCUUGACCCGAACGAGGAAGACGAGGAGGAGAACCCAGGAAAGCGCAAGCUGUCAAAAGGUGACCGCAAGAAGCAGGAUAUGAAAAAGCUGCUAGCAACUGCAGCGUUCUCAUCGAGUCAUCAUCUGCGGUCCAUGAUGAUCUUCGUGUCCACAUGCAAGACGUGCGAGCUAAUCGGCGCAAUCAGCAACGAGCUAGGCACCAAAUGCGAGACGCUGCACUCGAUGAUGUCCCAGAGUCGGCGUUUGGCGGCAUUGGGCAAGUUCAAGAGUGGUCUCAGCCAUAUUCUCAUCAGCACAGACGUUGCGAGUCGUGGACUCGACAUCCCCGAGGUUGACAUCGUGCUAAACUUCGAUCUGCCGCGAGAUGCUGACGAUUAUAUUCACCGAGUGGGUCGUACCGCUCGUGCUGGGCGUAACGGUCAGGCCAUUUCUCUCGUAACGCAGCACGAUAUUGAGCUGCUGCAGAACAUCGAAGCCAAAGUGGGUAAGAAGAUGGACGACUACGAGUCCGAGGUGCCCGAGAAAAAAGUGCUCAAACUGCUGAACGACGUGUCUACCGCUUCGCGUAUUGCCACGAUGAAGCUGACCGAGCGUGGAUUCGACGACAAGGUGCGAGCUCGUAGAGCUAAACGCCAGGAGCAGCAACACCAUAAUUACAAGAAGCUAAAGCAGUAG